UUUCCUUCUACCCCGAGAAUCCCAUAAUGUCUGUGGUAUUUGGGUAUGGGGCAUGCCCCCGCCAAGGCGUAACUUGGCGGGAUGGCAUACCUGCCAUCCCAAUCUUGCCAGUGAUGCGCGCUCACCAAACCAUGGCUCCAAACGAACCGUUUGCGGGUUCGCUGUUCCGUUUAUCUUCCGCCAUGCACGUGCCUAACAGCAGCGUUAUCGCCUGUUCAAGAGGCACAGAAUUGUCACUGAACUGGCACGGUGUGUCCUGCUGUGUUAGACUCUUGCUGGGCAGCAAAACAGAGGGAUCAAUAUGGUUUUGUUCUCCGUUAUGAUUAAAAUAUGACCAAAAUCAAAUCAACAAUGCUUAAGAGAUUAUUGGCAUUUCUUUGUCUUCAAAGGACUUUCUUCGUGAAGGCGGUUCAGGACUUUGAAACCAAAGUGGCACUGUUGACCAGUGUUGAGCAGGAGGACCCAAAAUGCUUUGCUGAAGGGAUGGUGGACCUCACCUGUUUUUGGGAAGAAGACGGCCACAGGGCACCUGACCAGUACACGUUCACGUACAAAUACCAGAAUGAGAACAGCAGUGCUUGCGCUGUGGCAUCCCAGCCAGCAGGGGGCGGUAGGACGAGGUAUUUCUGCAGGCUGUCCAGGGUCAAGCACUUUGUUUCCUUGGAUCUGCAAGUGUUCCGGAACGGAACGCCCCUCCACAACCGCAGCCUUUCCAUUGACCUCGUGUUUCUGCUGGACCCCCCCGCCAACCUGACGGUGACCAGGACGGGGAAGAAGGGACAGCUGAGGGUGCGCUGGCUGCCCCCCUCCCUGAAGCACAUGACCGACAGCAUGAUGUACGAAGUCAGCUACGCCCUGGCUGGGAGUCGCAUGGGGAAGGUACAGCGCAGGUGCAGUCACAUGGGACAGGUACAGCGCAGGUGCAGUCACAGCAGGUACAGCGCAGGUGCAGUCACAUGGGACAGGUACAGCGCAGGUGCAGUCACAUGGGACAGGUACAGCGCAGGUGCAGUCACAGCAGGUACAGCGCAGUUGCAGUCACAGGUACAGCGCAGGUGCAGUCACAUGGGACAGCUGGAGGUGGUGCGUGGCAACACAGAGUUCAUCCUGCACAACCUGCAGGCCGCCACCAGGUACGACGUGAGGGUUCGAGCCAAGCCCGACGGCCUCGCCUACAACGGCUACUGGAGUGCUUGGACACCCUCGGUCUCCAUGGAAACUCCUCCCAGCGACCUGGACCCUCUCAUCAUUGGCCUGUGCCUGGUCAUCUCUCUCAUCCUGACCCUGCUGUCUCUCUCAGUCUUCCUGUCCCAUCGCAGGUUCCUGUGGAAGAUGUGGCCUCUCAUUCCCAGCCCUGAAGACCAGUUUCCAGGUCUUUUCACUGUGUACGGAGGCGACUUUCUGGAGUGGCUGGGCCAAAGCAAUGGAUGGUUGCAGCUGAGGCCUGGCCUCUUCUACCAGGAAGCAAUUUCAGACCCGUUGGAGGUGCUGUCCGAGGCCAGUAACGGGCCCCUCACCCCUGGCCGCACCCAGCCCCCCAGGGCCUCAGGCCUGCUGCGUGGAGUAAGUGAGGAAGAGGAGGAGGAUGAGGAAGACGUCAAAGGAGUGGUGAGACUGGGCUCCAGUUCCACGGAGAGGUGGAAGUCAUCGUCCUCCCAUGAGCGCGGGCCGGCUGAUCAGCUCCGGACUCUGCAAACGCAGCCCGUCCCCAGCCCCUGGCCCUCCCUCCUGGAGUCCAAGGAUGCCUACGUGUCUCUGAACCAGACCUCCCAGCCGGCUGGCAGAGACGACGUUCCUCCCAUGCCAGUGAUGCCAGGCGACGUUCCCGAAGAGUCGUGCGCCCUCUCCACGACCCCUGGGACCCCCACGUCCCGCUCAGACCUUGGGUCCCUUCGACAGAGCUUGGGAUCCGGCAGGCUGUCCUCCCAGUCCAGCCUGGAGUACCCCCAAAACUCCUGGCUGCCCAAGGGCCCCGGGUAUCCCUACCUGGCUGUGGCCGAUUCGGGCGUCUCCAUGGACUACAGCCCAGUGAGUUCCAGCGCGACCGGAUCGGGAGGGGCAGGAAUCCUCUAUGCCAACGAGUACAAGAACAUUCCCCAACACAAGCAGCAUUCCAACGGAGAACCCAUACCCUCUAGGUGUUGACUGCUAAUUUGCAAAACUGUCGUGAGGGAUCACAAACGAGGGAAGGCUUUAACAAGACCAGGUUAAAACCUAUUAUAUGGCUGGGACCGGCCGACCAAUGGCGUGACGUCAUAACUCGGCCAACCAAUGGUGUAACUUCAUCACUCAGUCACUCACUCAGUCACAGACAUUCGCGUUUGUAGAGCUGGCCCCGCUGUUGCAGACCAGCCAAAAAAACUGGACUUUAUGAAAUCUUUGUGGUGGACAGGAAACUAACAAGUUGUCAGGCAUCUAGUAGGUAAAACUACAUUCCGUGGAACAUUUGAGAACUCAAGAACUCUGUAUGUCCAACUGAGUGGAGCAGAAAACCAGAUAUUCUGGUGGCCUUUGUACAGGUCAGCAGCUGUGAAACGGGUUCUGUUAAUGUGAGGUGAACUGAAUUCUGAACACAAGACGUAGACGGAACACAAAAUCGGAUGGAAAGGCCAUCCAUUUAAACAACCAUUUUACAU